AUGGCUGCUGCCAGAGUUCUUCGUCCUCUCAAUCUUUUGAGAUUCGCUGCUCCUUUUAGAGCUGUCGCUUCUCCUAUUGCCCAGAAGGUGCGAUUCGCUUCUUUUGAACGUACCAAGCCCCAUUUGAAUAUUGGUACCAUUGGUCACGUCGAUCACGGUAAGACUACUCUUACUGCUGCCAUCACCAAGGUCCUUGCCGACAAGGGUGGUGCCCAGUUUUUGGAUUAUGCUUCCAUUGACAAGGCUCCUGAAGAGAGAGCCCGUGGUAUUACCAUUACUUCUGCUCACGUUGAGUAUGAAACUGAUAAGCGUCACUAUGCUCACGUUGACUGCCCUGGUCACGCUGAUUACAUUAAGAAUAUGAUUUCUGGUGCUGCCCGUAUGGAUGGUGCUAUUAUUGUUGUUGCUGCUACUGAUGGUCAAAUGCCCCAAACUCGUGAACACUUGCUUCUUGCCCGCCAAGUUGGUAUUGAACACAUUGUUGUUUAUGUCAACAAGGUUGAUACUGUUGAUGAUCCUGAAAUGCUUGAACUUGUUGAGAUGGAAAUGAGAGAAUUGCUUACUUCUUAUGGUUUUGAUGGUGAUAACACUCCUGUUAUUAUGGGAUCUGCUCUUUGUGCUCUUGAGGAUAGAAACCCUGAGAUUGGCCGUGACAGUAUUUUGAAGCUUUUGGAUGCUAUUGAUGAAUAUAUUCCUACUCCUGUUCGUGAUAUGGAUCAACCUUUCUUGAUGCCUCUUGAGGGUGUUUUCUCUAUUCCUGGUCGUGGUACUGUUGCCACUGGCCGUGUUUAUAGAGGUACUCUUAAGCGUGGUGAGGAAGUUGAGAUUGUUGGUUUUAAUGAUGCUCCAAUCAAGACCACUGUUACUGGUAUUGAAAUGUUUAAGAAGGAACUUGAUCAGGCCCAAGCUGGUGAUAAUGCCGGUAUUCUUCUCCGUGGUGUUAAGCGUGAGGAUCUUAAGCGUGGUAUGGUUAUUUGCAAGCCUGGCACUGUUAAGCCUCAUACCAAGUUCCUUGCUUCUAUUUAUGUUUUGAGUAAGGAAGAGGGUGGUCGUCACUCUGGUUUUGGUCUUAACUAUAGACCUCAACUUUUCAUUGGCUCUGCUGAUGUUACUACAGUUCUUACAUUCCCUGAGGGUGUUGAUGAGAGCACUCAAGUUAUGCCUGGUGAUAACACUGAGAUGAUUUGUGAGCUUGUUCACCCUACUGCUGUUGAACAAGGUCAACGUUUUAACAUUCGUGAGGGUGGCCGUACUGUUGGUACUGGUUUGAUUACUCGUAUCAUUGCUUAA